AUGGCUGCCUAUAGUCCCUGCACCCUCCCCUUGGAGCUCAUUUUGAUCAUCGCGGGCUAUUUGGGACCUUUGGAUCUCUUAACUUUGAUUCAGGGCAUUCCCCACCUCACCCCCCUUCUACAGGCCCGGCAUAUCCAGGCCCAGGACGAUAAUGGAUGCACCAUCUUGCAUCAUAUUGUGGAACAAGGGCUUGAAGACCUCCUCAAACCUCUUACAAAAUGGAUCCCACACAGCUCCGUCCCUGACAACGGAGGAUGGACGCCCCUUCAUCAAGCGGUCAGGAACAGUGAUAAACAGAUGACAAAAGCACUGGUUUAUGCAGGUUUGGAUAUAUCAGCUAAGGAUAAUGGAGGAAGAACUGCCCUUCAUCUCGCAUGCGACGUUGAUGAAGUUGGGAUUGCCCAGUUCCUCCUGGACCAUGGAGCAAACCCGUCUGCGGCGGAUUACAACGGACAAACCCUCUUGCAUGACGCGCGUCGACGUAGCUCAGUAAUCAUCCAGAAGCUGUGGCAAGCCGGCGCUGUCUUUAGCUCCCGACCGAUGCCACGAGGUUUAACCCCUCUUUUUUAUGCAGCCUGGCUGGGUCGAGAAGACAUUACCAGGAUCCUUCUUAAGGCUGGAGCAGAUCCUGCAAUCCAAACAGAGAGUGGUGAGACUGUAUUACAGCGAGCUGCUUCAGGAAAUCACAUUAACAUUAUGCGGCUCUUACUUGAUGUUGGUGUUGAUGUUAAUGUGCAGGAGUCUCUCCAUGGCCACACUGCCCUGCUGAAGGCUGCACAUUGCGGAGCAGAUAACGCCCUUCAACUUCUUCUGAAGGCUGGGGCAGAUAUCUCAGCAGUGGGCUAUGAUGGAUGCAACGCAAUGCAUUUAGCAGCUAUAAUGGGCCACGAGUCAACUGUCAAACUGCUUCUAAAAGAAGGAGUCGACAGCUCAGCACAAGACAACCAGGGCUACACUCCGCUGGACUGGGCAGUUGCAAACGAGAAUAAAGGAGUGAUUCGAAUCCUAGAAGAUGCGCAUAACAACACAUUUUUGAGGCUUAUGCAACGAAUGUGCGGCGAAUGUUACUCUAGAACAAAGAGUGGAAAUGAUUAG